UAUUGCCAUCUUGAUACAAAAACAGUGUUGCAUGAGUUGUAUAAACAAAAUAUGUUCGUCUUAUUGUUGCUUACAGAAAUCGGAAUUGGUUUAUUUUGAUCAGCGCAUAUGAAACUAAAACGAAAGAGCGAUAUAGUUAUCCACUUAGAGGUUUAUUAACUGGCUCAUUCAUCCCGGGAGCCACAUUUUAUUUUCGGAAAGAGAAAAGCUGCUGCUGCUGGUGACGUUAACAAAGGACUAUUUGGAUCCGAGCAGUCGUUUAUUGGUAACGUUCUUUGCUAAUUUUCACUACUGUAUAGAGCCUAAUAUUAAUCCUUGCUUUAUUUUGGCCAUUUAAUGGUCGAUUAAGGUCAUAUUUAGCCGUUGCUAAGCAAUAAUCGUUCGUUGUGGGUCUCGCGCACGGUCGACGGCUCACGUUACGUUUCUUGUACUCGCGAGCAGCUCGAUUGAGAAGAGAUGGCAGAGAUGUACAUUCGCGUAGCGGAGGAGGAGAACGAGGAACCGAUGGAGAUACCGUCGGAGGACGACGGCACGGUGUUGCUGUCCACGGUGGCCGCUCAGUUUCCAGGAGCGUGCGGCCUACGCUACCGGAGCCCCGUUUCUCAGUGCAUGAGGGGAGUGCGUCUCGUGGACGGAAUUCUGCACGCCCCCGAGAACGGCUGGGGAAACUUGGUCUACGUGGUCAAUUAUCCUAAAGAAACCAUACUACCAGAUAAUAAGAGGAAGAUGGAUGAGAUCGAUGCUUCAUCUGCUACAAAGAUCAAGAGAGGUGACCAGAAAACGUCAGAUCUGAUCGUGUUGGGUUUGCCUUGGAAAACUUCAGAGCAAGAUUUAAAGGACUACUUUAGUACGUUUGGGGAGGUCAUCAUGGUGCAGGUUAAACGGGAUGUGAAGACUGGAAAUUCGAAAGGAUUUGGAUUUGUAAGGUUUACAGAGUGGGAGACUCAGACUAAGGUGAUGUCACAGCGGCACAUGAUUGAUGGCAGGUGGUGUGACUGCAAACUGCCAAACUCAAAGCAAGGUCCUGAUGAGCCAAUGAGGAGCAGGAAGGUGUUUGUAGGGCGUUGCACGGAGGACAUGACGGCCGAUGAGCUUCGUCAGUUCUUCAUGCAAUAUGGGGAGGUCACAGAUGUCUUCAUUCCCAAACCCUUCAGAGCGUUUGCUUUCGUCACCUUUGCAGAUGACCAAGUCGCUGCGUCACUGUGCGGAGAGGAUCUGAUCAUCAAAGGAGUCAGCGUCCACAUCUCUAACGCAGAGCCAAAACACAACAACACUAGGCAGAUGAUGGAGCGGGCAGGGCGCUUCGGGAACGGGUUCGGGGCUCAGGGUUUUGCAGGAAACCGUAGCGCCAUGGGGGCUAGCUCCAGCAGUAUGGGGAAUUUUGGAAAUUUCAACCUUAACCCGGCCAUGAUGGCUGCCGCCCAGGCAGCCCUGCAGAGCAGCUGGGGCAUGAUGGGAAUGUUAGCUCAGCAGAAUCAGUCUGCAGCGCCCGGCACCAGCACGAGUGGCACGAGCACCGCUCGGGACCAAACCCAAUCAUACAGCUCGGGAAACAGCAACUACAGCAGCAGCUCUGCCGCUCUCGGUUGGGGCUCCGGGUCUAACUCGGGCACCCCUGGUAGUGGGUUUAACUCAAGCUUUGGUUCUAGUAUGGAGUCAAAGUCGUCGGGGUGGGGUAUGUAAGUUGUGUUUCGUUUUCGGUUUUGAAGUGUUGUUAUUUCUAGUGUGUCUGGUAAGUAUUUUACCAAGAGACUUAUCUCGUCACGUUUGUUUGGGAGCGGGGAUAGGUGAAAAGGGAG